AUGAGUACUAGCGCAGCUGCCACUAACGAUGAUAACAAAAAGGUUACUUUGAAAAGUUGUGACGAUGUGGAAUUCAAAGUAGAAAUACCAGUCGCAAGUCGUUCAAUCUUGCUUAAGAACAUGAUAGAAGACGUUGGGGAAACUGAUCAAUCAAUUCCCCUUCCAAACGUCAACGAAAAAGUGCUAAAAAAGGUCCUGGAGUGGUGUCAACAUCACGUAAAUGACCCUCAACCUACGAAUGACGAUGAUGACUCUCGUAGGAGAAAUACCGAAAUUGAUGAUUGGGACCAAAGAUUUUUAAGCCGCAAAUUAUCUGGAUAUUAA